AUGUUAUUACCUCCACUUCAUAUUAAACUCGGAAUGAUGAAACAAUUCGUUAAGGCAUUGGAUAAAGAGAAUUCUAGUUUUCAAUACUUGUGUCAAAAAUUCCCAAGAUUAUCUGAUGCAAAAAUAAAAGAAGGAGUGUUCGAUGGACCACAAAUUAGAUCUUUAAUGACUGAUGAAAGAUUCGAUACAACAAUGAAUACUACUGAAUUAGAAGCUUGGCUGGCGUUUAAAGAUGUUGUCAACAAUUUUUUAGGAAAUCACAAACACUCUGAUCAUAAAAAUAUUGUUGCAAACCUAUUGGAUAAGAUUCAGAAAUUGGGCUGUAAUAUGAGGAUAAAACUUCACUUUUUAGAUUCACAUUUAGAUUUUUCCUGA